AUGAAGUCGUCCAUGUCCGUCGUUUCCCUCACGACCGCAGCGAUGUUGGUCACGUCCACUACCGGCACGUACUUCACUGGAGAUGGCACUGCGUACACUCUCGGAGACACUAGCUCGGGCAACUGCAACAUGAUGUCGGCCCUCGACUUCGCCACCACCGACUAUGCUGCCCUGAACAACGACCAGUGGAAUGGGUUGGAGAACUGCGGUCGCUGUGCUGAAGUGACUUGCUCCGACUCCCGUUGUGCCGACAAGACAAAGUCUGUCGUGGUCCAGAUCCUCGAUCGGUGUCCGGAAUGCAAACACGGCGACCUCGACCUCUCACCGUCUGUCUUCAAGACGCUUACAGGAUCUCACCCGGCGCGGUAUACGCUCAAGUGGAAGUUUGUGGACUGCCCGGUAGCUGGGAACGUGAAGUACUGCCUCAAAGGUGGCAGCAGCAGUUUCUGGAUGGCUAUCCAGCCGACAAACGUAGCUACGGGUAUCACAAGUCUCGAGAUCGAUGGCAAGGCCACGAAGAUGCUGGAUGGAGCCUACUAUUAUCUUCUCGACGGCUCGGGUACGACCGCCGGAGACCUUUCCAACGUUACCGUGUCCAUGACGGAUCUGAAUGGUGUCUCCAUGGUAGACACGGUAUCACUGAGUGCUGAUUCGUGCACGGCGGGCGCCAGCCAGUUCCCAUCGUCCGGAAGCGGAAGUCCGUCCAAGCCUCGAGCCGACACGCCGUCGACUACGCCUGCUCCGAUCCGUGUACCGACUCCCGCGACUCGAAAGAUGCCGCCAACGACGAUACCGGCUGCACUUGCCCCGACCGCUGCACCGACUCAAGAGCAGCAAACGAAUGCAUCUAUCUCCUCUCCACCGACGCCGAUAGAGUCGACAGCGGCAGACGCUCCGUCCCCCGCAAUGACGACGCAGCUCUUCAAUUCUUCAGACGUAGUGCCAACUUCUCAGUAUUCUACACGUGACAACGACGCCGCCACUCCCACCGAUCAGCAGGACGUGGUGUCCUAUCACAGCGGUGCAACCGGUGAAGAUGUCAACACCCCUGCAGAAGGAAGUCAUAAUCUUCGACAGGACUCGAGCGUUGCAAAAGAGAACGACCAGAUGCAGCAUCAGCAGGAGAACGCGUACGCUGAGGAGACCGACAUUUUGGGUCCUAGCGUCGUGCAGAGUCCGAGCUCGGACAAUCAGUCCACGGAGACGGCGGAAGACCCGUACACCCCUCUGCCGUCGCCUUCAACGACGAACGGAGGCGAAGAGCAAACCAGCUUACAACAUUCCAGUGUGCCAACUAUCGACAGUGAGGACUUGACGGAAGUGCCGGAUGCUUCCACUACAACUUCUCUGCCAGUCUUCUCCUCUGAAUGGCACCAACCGAGCCCUACGACUGAAGACAGCGCCCUGCAGGGGUUGCGUUCCGAAGAGAAGGACAGCAUGAGCUUGCGCUACGAGGAGGGCCCAACAUAUCGAUCACAGCUGAGCCAGAUGCAUGUGGCAAAGGAAGACGGUAGUUCUGCCGCUCCGACCGUAGCGACCGCACCAUCAACUACGGACUCAGCGUCCGAUGAUGGAAAGACUACCGUUGCGCAGGAGAGUCCUAACAGCGCCAGCAGUCCUGAGACCGACGUGAUUCAGCACGACGAGGUCAGUGACGCCACUGUGGCUAUCGGUAGCUCGGGCCCCGUGAACUGCCCUAUGUAG